GGGGGAAACCUUUGGGUUACCCAGGUGCCUCUACAUGUCCCCGGCGGAAAACCCCACUCUACCCAGGCAUGGCUUCGUCCGGCGACCACGCCGCGGCCGCCAAGCACCUCAGGGUGCUGCUGCCGUUCACCUGCGACAGUCUGCGCAUCCCCGACGAGCUCGCCGAGGAGGCCCUCGUCGUUGGCCCGAUGGGCGGCAAUGGCAAGGUCUUAUGGCGCGUCGAGGUCGGGCGCGACGGCGACGGCGCGUUCCUGGGCCGCGGCUGGCCCGAGCUCGCCGACGCGUGCGGCGUCGGCGCAGGGUGGCUCCUCGUCCUCCGCCACCGCGGCCGCGGCGUGCUGACGGUCAAGGCCUUCGACCGCACCCGCUGCCUCAGGGACCUCGGCGCUCCCGCUCCGUCUCCAGCUGAAGCAGCCGUGAGUGGCAAAGCCACCGCUCGUAAACCACAGUUCAUCAUUGCGCUUUCAACCGAUUUCAUGGAAAAGAUGCCAAUACCUGCUAAGUUUUUGCAACAGCACAUCCCCAAAGAGCACCAGAACAAUUGUAUGGCCAUUGUUCUGGGCCCCCAUGGCAAAGUUUAUAACAUUAAACUUGAGACAUAUCGAUCGGACAUGUUCUUCAAAGGUGGCUGGUCGCAGUUUAUGGUGUUUCAUGACAUUACAGAAUCUAAUGCCCUGCUGGUGAGGUAUGAGGGCAACAUGGUUUUCACUGUCAAAGUGUUUGGCACUGAUGGAUUUCCGAGAGAUUCCAAGCAGAAGGAAAACAGAGCCCAACAAAGAUCAACAUUACCACAUAGUGAGAAGUUGCAGAAAGCACCAUCUGUUUCCUUUCAGAAGCAUAAGCGUAAGAACAAGACAUCAUUAGGAAGGAACUCGAUCUACAAGAUUGGGCCGCCGUCAUGGAUAAAGAAGCAGAUCAACACCAACACACUUGAAAAGCAUCUUGCUUUGGCAAAAGCUUUCUGUGAUGCUAUUGGGUUGCGGAAACCAUGCACAAUAACACUGAGAACCUCAAGAGCAGAUGGUACUAAAUCUUGGCUUGUGCAUGGACUCACAUGCAAAACUAGCAGCUACCUGCUUGUGCAGGGUUGGAGACAGUUCUGCCAGGAAAAUCAUCUCAAGGAAGGGGAUACCUGCACCUUCAAUGUCAUCGAAACCACACUGUGGAAUGUACUUAUCACGCGCCAUGAGGAAAAGAUGAAUCAGUUCUGCUAUCAGGAAACCCCUAAGAGCAAGAAAAACAAGUCAAAUACUGAUGGACAAAAGAUGCUUCAAGGCUCCAUGAAUUAUUUGAACAAGAGUAGGACAAAAAGUGUCUUUGAGAUUGGGCCACCUGCUUGGGUAAAGAAGGAGAUCAAUGCCAGCACAAUUGAAAAUCACCUCAAUUUGCCACUGCCCUUCUGUAAGGCGAUUGGAUUUCGACAACGCUGCAUGAUCACGCUCAAAACUUCUACCAGCAGCACCAAAUCUUGGCAGGCGUGUCUAAACCUGUACCAGAAUUGCGGCCAGCUGGUUGGAGGCUGGAAGAGUUUCUGCCUCGAUAAUGGGAUCAGGGUGGGCGAUGUCUGCACCAUGGAGAUCAUAGAAACCACCCUGUGGAAUGUCACCGUCAAUCGUCGAGAAGAUAGGACCAGGUAGUGCUGCUGUUUGAAAGCACUGGAGUUGGCCAGUUUGGGAGAGCUUUUGUUUGGGGCUUCGUUGUAAGUUGGCCAGUUUGGGAGAGCUUUUGUUUGGGGCUUCGUCGGAGUAGCUGACACUCCUAGAAGCUCUCUCCCAAACAGGCCUAAGUGCCAAGCCAAGUUAAGGCAUGCACCAGUGUCCACUGGACUCCCUCUUGGAAGUGUAGAUGAGGCCAACUGCCGAAGUUGCAGUAGCCAUAACAACUGCAGGUCGAUCUGCUCAAGUUAACAAAACACAAUUAUUGAGGAUGAUGGCUAUAGAACACUCGAGUAGAGUUUAUUCCAUUGGCCACACGUUACCAUGCAGUUGCAGAGUUGAUCACGCUA